CCUAGAGGUGAGGGAAGAGUUUGAAGAAAGCGCCAUCGCCAGGGCCUUUGAUUUUUUGAUGAUGCUCCUCUUGCGUAUCCCUAGGCGCCACGAUGAUUCCGAUGAUCGUCUAGAAAUCCUUGGAUGAAUCAAAGAUUUCUUGAAUCUUUCGAGCAGCACAGGGGUUAUUCGGCGAUCGAUCGAUCGCUUUUUUCUGGAAUCCCGAAAGAUCGAGUGUGAUUCUAGCUUGCGGAGCAUUAAUGGCGAGAAUAUCGAUCGGGAGGGGGAAUGCGGCAGCGGCGGAAUUUCCAUCCGCCUUUUCCUUCGAUCAAGACGACGAUAUGGCAGAUCCAAGCUCCUUGUUCGAUUUCGAUCUGGCUCUCCCUCUCGGCGGGCAGGAUUUCCACCACCGGGCAUCGUCAGCGGGUCACCGGCCAUCGAAAUCCUCCUCCGAUUCCAAGGAUUUCGAUUUCAAGCUGUGCAUGUCGACUCCGGAUCUCCUCCAAGAUCCGGCGUCUUCCUCUUCCUUGCGGAGCAAUCUCAUCUCCCCGGCCGACGAAUUGUUCUACAAGGGCAAGCUCCUCCCUCUCUACAUGUCAGAGCGCCUCCAUCUCUCCAAGAAUGUAGGCGCGGAUUUGGAGAAAUCCAAGCCGCCGAGCAGCAGCGAUCACUCCUCAAUCGCGGUCUCCUGCUACCUCCACCGCGCCGGCGUCGACAUCAACAUGGUCCUGGAGGAGCCGAGCGACGAGAGCAGCAGGGAGAGCUCCAGUAAUUCUCGCGAGAAGGACUCCUCCUCGUCCGGCGGCGAGGAGGAUUCGUCAUCGUCAUCGUCCGGGCAAGCGGCAGUAGCGAAGAACUCCAACACGGGCGGCGGCGAGAGUGUAAGUGGUCGUUUUAGAUGGAGCCUUUUUUCGCUUGGUGGCGGUGGCGGUGGCGGUGGCGGCCAGAGAAGGAGCUCCAAAGUCACGGCCGGGGGAAAGAAUUCCUCCUCCUUUUCCACUGGCUGCGAUCAGCAAGGUGGUGGUGGUGGUGGUAGCAGCGUUUGCAAGUCGUGUGGGCAGAGGCAGGGAAAGUCCAUGACCGAGGCCCGGGACUUUUCUACGUGGGAGAGAAAAAGGUUUGACACAUUCUCGAGCUCGCCCCAUGCCGGUCUUCACGAAACCAGGAGCCGGGACAAGUUUUUUAUGCCGCGCCACAGCACUGGAGCGAUCUCCUCGGGUGGGUUUGACGCGCCCACCAACAAACCAGCGGCGGCGUAUCAAAGUCUUUUGAGGGCUAAAGAAUUCUGGCGAAAGUACUUGAAGCCUUUCAUCUCCAGGACGUCGCAGCAUCACAGGUCGUAUUUUAGGCCGCCAGAAGUUCCACUUCCAGCUGAUGGUCUUGGCGGCGGCGGAGGAUCCCCCUCUUUGUCCGACAAAUCUUCCACUUCUUCAUUGUUUUUCUCAUCCGGGGGUUUCAAGGGGACCAGGCAAAGGCCCAGCAGAUCGACCACUGUCACUCCGAUAGCUUCACCGACACACAGUGGCGUGCUCCUCGCGGUCCCGGCUCCAGUCGCGAAUGAUCACGAUGUGCAAGGGGCGAUCGCUUACUGCAAGCAAUCCCGAGCGAGCUGAGGAAAAGGUAGAAAAGGUUCGUCAUUUGUUUUCCAAGCAGGAUUUGGGAUCUCCUACGUCUGAUGGUGGUGGGGCUUUUUUCUAGAUAGAAAGGCAUCGCUGGAGGAAGAAAGAGUGGUGCCAUCCAUAGGUGGAAACUCUAUGUUUUAGGAGGGGACCAUGGCAUGGCUUCUUUACCUGUGACAUGAUGCAAGCGUUCCAUGUGGAAGUUGCUCGCUCAAAGUGAACCAAGGAAGACCCCACUGUACGAGAAAUCGAAGCUCGCUCUAGCCACAGAGAAAGAAAAGAUGAGGAAGGAAAAAAGGGAGGAAGUAUUGCUAAGGACCACGGACAAGUUCCAAAGACUCUCUUUUUUUUUAUCUUUCUCUGUUUUCAUUUUGUUCCUUUUUCUCCCUUGAUUGAUCAAUGCCUGCAGCUGCAGGUCUCUGUUUCCUCCAACCAACGAAUUGUCCUGCGAGAUUUGCAGUCGAGCCAUCACCACAUUAUUUAGCUGCAGCAGCUUUUGUUGCUGUCCCGCGGCGGAGAUCCUUUUUAAUCUUUGAGGGACGUUGUCACUUAUCAUAUGCUGUACGCAACAGCGAGAGCACACUUGAGAGCACACCGGUGUUUAAAACGUCAGCCAUCGCCUUCUCUACAGGAAUGUUGGUUGAAAAACUAAUAAAAGUUCCAUGACUGCGUAUAGUAAGUGUGCAGCCAGACCGCUGUGAUGGAGGAGUCGUCGGCCUCCCCGGCAUUGACACUAAAGAAGACAACGAAAUAUGCAUUUCAUGUGCAGGGAAAGAGAUGUGCCAAGAAAGAGAUGUGCUCGGAAUUGACAAAUUAACAGCUCCAAGCAGAUUGUUGGGCUUGUAACUUCAGUGCUGCUGCGUGCCGAGCACAGCGACAAGAUGACAUGGGAGGGACGAGAUUAAGAGCGACCAACGUUCUCCUAAGCGGCCGAGAAAGAAGGAUUUUCAAAGGUUCUCUUCUGGAAAGCAUGGAAAUAUCCCAGACGGCGGACACGAUUGGUGGUGGCAGUACCUCGCUCGAUCACGGACUUGUCUCAUCGUCCCAACGCAAAAGCUGCCUCACACUCUCUCCCGUGAAAGGAAGGAGACGUAAGGGCGGAGCGCUUGAAUUUACGUGCCAUUUGCGAGCCAGGCAAGCAUCCAAAACCUCGGAAACGACAGGGGGAGCAUGGAAGUCACUGCAGCGUGGCCGUCGUGCCCGUGGAAUCGCGAUCUUCGUCCGGCUCAAACAGAAUCAAUCUCUCGAAUCUCGUCGACGUUGCUGCUGCUCCCUCCGAUCGAUUCGAUGGAAAAGCCGAGAAGACGAAGAAGAAACAACACAAGCUCCGCGCGCUCGAUAUUUUCAUGCAUCGCUCGUCGUGUUGCCGAUCGUCUUCUCGGAAAGAUUUGCCAGCAAUAACUGAAAAUCUCGGCGUAAAUGCGAUGUGUCCCUGGAUUCCGCGGCACUGGCACUGAAAACUCUGGAGCAAGGCACUGUGGCCACUGGUGGAGCUGCUGGCAGUGUUUGAGUUUUCUGGUCUUGGGAUGGAUGGAUGGAUUGGAGGAGGAGGAGAAAAAGGCCGAGAGAAGUUUUUAAAGGGGGGCGAGCAGGCAAGAACAGCAGGAAUAGAAAAACAAGGGAAUGUACGUACGCGGCGCUGCAGAGAACACAAUUCCAUGAACGCACGGAGGUGAUUUUGAUUGAUGAGUUGAUUGUAGCGAAAAAGAAAGGAAAAAAAAAUCCGGGGCCACGCUCGCGAG